AUGCGUCAAGCUGGUAUCAUUGCGUCGGCUGGACUUUACGCACUUGACAACCAAUUUGAUCGGCUUGUGGACGACCACAACAAUGCACAGAUACUGGCUCAUGACGCUAAACUAAACGCGACGACUCUUGUACAGAAACUGGAAUCAGAAAAAGGUGUGCUUGUUGGAGCUUACGCUGAUGGUAAUCGUGUACGCGCGGUAACAAAUUUACACAUUUCAAGCAAAGAUAUCGAGUACACUAUAUCGUCAAUCCGUGCGCUCUUAUGCUGA